AUGUUUACAGCUGUAGUUGCACGUCUGCAAUAUGAUUCCUCAGGGAAUCUAAUUUUUGAUGGAAAAAUUGGCAUAUGGGAAAUGGUUAAAAAAGUGCCGGCAGCAAGAAACAGUAAGAAUAGGAAAGCCGGUACACUUGAAACCAAACCGAUUGAUCCAGUUGAUAAAAAGGUUUCAAUGGAGUUUUUAAUCGACAAAGUCCUACCGGCAAUUCGUGCUAAAUGGCCUACCGGGAAUACACGUACCAUUUAUAUUCAACAAGAUAACGCGAAGCCUCAUAUUUCGAAGGAUGACGAAAAAUUUAGGAAUGCGGCAUCAAUCGACGGGUUCGAUAUUCAACUGAAGAAUCAACCUCCAAAUAGUCCAGAUAUGAAUACUUUGGAACUCGGCUACUUCAAUACACUUCAGAGCAUACAACAUUGUCAGAGAAUGAAUAACAUUGAUGAGCUUAUUGUCGCGGUAGAAAAGGCUUACAACGAUAUGGAACCACGCAUUAUCAAUAAGGUCUUCUUGACCCACCAAUUAUGCAUGUUGGAGGUUAUGAAAGCUCGUGGAGAAAUCCGUUAUGUUUUGCCGCAAAUCGGGAAGGACAAGUUAGAGCGUGAAGGUAAUCUUCCAAUGAGAAUUGAAGCGGAUAGUGCUUUGCUUCACGACGUAUUGGUGGAACUUAACAGGAUGCCUGAAUUCUGGUCCACUCUUGAACGAAACAUGGUGGGCUCAAGUUUGGAAUCCAGAAGUGAAAAUCUUAAUGAAAAUCUUAAUCCAGAAGUAUGA